AUGGAUAAUGGUCAGCUGAGUGGUGUUGUUUUCCUUGAUAUUAGAAAAGCUUUUGAUUCUAUUGAUCAUACAAUCUUAUUGCAAAAGAUGAAUGAUCAAUUUGGAAUAAAAAAUGUGGAACUGGAUUGGUUUAAGUCCUAUCUAACUAAUAGAGAGCAAGCAUGCAUUGUCAACGGUGCAAUGUCAUCACCUAAAGCGAUUGUGUGCGGAGUUCCGCAGGGAUCAAUUCUUGGUCCCUUGCUGUUUUUAUUAUAUAUUAAUGAUUUACCCGAAUGCCUCGAAAAAACUUCGCCACACCUAUACGCUGAUGAUACUCAAAUUUCUACUUCUGCCAAAACUAUUGAGGAACUUACUGAAAAUCUAAAUAAUGACCUGAAAAAAGUCGGUGAGUGGCUUGCUCGAAAUAAACUGCACCACCACCCAACUAAGACCAAAUUAAUGUAUAUCGGUUCAAAGUAUAAUACUGAUACUAUGACUUAUGAUAUUCCAGUAAUGAUGAAUAACCAAUUCAUAACUCUUGCUCAUUCAUCCACAUGCCUUGGGGUUAAACUUGAUGAAAACCUUAAUUGGCAUGAGCAUGUUGAAAUGAUUUGUAAGAAAGUUGGGGCCGGCAUAGGAGCAAUGCAACGAAUUAAGCCAUAUGUUCCUAUAAAUACCUUGCAUACCAUCUACAGAGCUUUGAUAGAACCGUAUUUUGAUUAUUGUAGUCCAUUAUGGGACGUCUGUAACCAACAGCUGAAAGAUAAGCUUCAAAAGUUCCAAAACCGUGCAGCGAGAAUUAUAACCGGUGCCAGCUAUGAAACAAGGUCUGCUGAUGUUCUUCGAUCCCUUGCUUGGGAAAAUUUAGAGAUAAGACAACGUACAACUAAAUCCACAUUAAUGUAUAAAGUCCCGAAUGAUUGCGCUGGGCCGAACUUGAAGGAUGCUCUAACGAGAAGGGACCUUGUUCAAACCAGUUAUAAUCUUCGCAAUACUUAUACUGACCUUACCCUUUCUAAGCCAAAACGAGAAUUUCUAAAAAAAAGCUUUAAGUAUAGCGGAGCUAAAUUGUGGAAUAGUCUUCCUUCUGAUGCGAAGCUAGCGCAAUCAAUUUAUUCUUUUAAAAACUGCCUGAAAGUUUCACGCUAACAUCUUCUAAUAUACUGUAUAUGCAUGCUUUAGAAAUAUGGGUCUCACCGUUUGGAACUUAAUUCUUGUAUUGUAAAUAGUUGUAUAUAAUUCUUUAUUCUUUUCUAUAUCAUAUUUGUAAUUUUUAAUAGUAACAGACGUCCCUCGUGAAAAUCAACAAAUCGUUGACGAGGCUAACGUCUUUAAAUAAAGUUUACAUACAUACAUACAUACAUACAUACUCGCUUAUAUUAAUUCAGCAUCGACCAAUGCAAUACUAGUUCUGCAAGUGUUAUGUUAAUUAACAUAACACUUGCAGAACUAGCUAGUAUUGUUUAUACUGUAAACGCGCAUGAUUAAACCUGACUAGAUUGACCAUUAUUAUUGAUCAGAGGUCGGUUGUAUCCACCGCCGGAUAGUGAUUUUUCAACCGUUUUGAAAAUGCUUUAAAAAGCUAUAAAAUUACGAAAAUGGGCAUCACAACCGAUAAAAAGAAACUGCAAUUUUUAAAUGCUCAUGUUUAAUAAUGCGGCUAUCCGGGCUGCAAUCUUGCGUACAGCCGCCCUCAAAAGUUGUGAAAGGCCACUUAUUAAAAUCGGAAUACCGAAAACAAAUACGAAUCAGGCAUUCAUAGUGCUUGCUUUGAUUCUUUUAUCAUGAAUCGUUUCUAAAUUCUAUACCUAGCUUACGGCACGUGAUGUGAAUUGUCUUAUUAUAACAACUAACAAUUAAUACCCUCCGCCAAAUCUGGAACGCCUAACGUUUCCUAAAGUCCCACUUGCAUGGUACUUGUAAACGCAUGCGGUUCGCUGAUUUGCCACUUGUUUUCAAAUAGUCUAAUAUCACUGCAAGUGGAGUGACCAAAACAUGCAGACCUGUGGAUUUGUUUAUCAGCAAAACGUUACCAGUUCAUCAACUAUAGUUUUAGUGUUUUGCUCUGGGUCAUGCUGGAAAGACGUUCUUAUUUUUUACAAUAUACAUUACAUUUAUAUUUAUGACAUGAAAUAAACUAAAUAAAAUUAAUGUAUAUUAAUUUUAUUUAGUUUAUUUCAAUUUACAUUAUAUAAACAUUAUAGUUUAGCAUAUGCAAAAUUCACUAUUAUUAUACAAUAUUAUUAUAUAAACAUUAUAGUUUAGCAUAUGCAAAAUUCACGAAAAGCAGUGCAAAUUUGUGGUCUUUCAGCAUUAAUCACUCUUGAUUACCACCACCUGCAUGUGCGUGCUUACAAAAACCAGAAAACUGAUUCUACAUUUGAUUAUUAUUAAUAGUUGUUAAUGAGCGUGCGUAUACAGCAACCACAUACUAUUUGAUAACUGAGACAAACAAGAGUAACGGUCAUUUGGAAUUAAGUAACUCGUUUGGAAGAAUAACAUGAAUAAAUUAAUUUUUCAACAGCAGUAAAGCUUAUAGACCUUAUUUUGUUGGGAACAUUCUUGCAGUUGCGCAACCUCGUAACGCGCGCAUACACUAGUUAUACUGUAAACGCGAAUGAUUAAACCUGACUAAAACACAAAACAAUAUAAAGCAAUUAUAGUCGAAACGUAAAGAACUGAAAAUGUUUACAAUUUUCGGAGUGUCUAUUCUUUUGUGUUUUAUUAAAAUACUCUAUGGCAACCGCAAUUUUUUAAACCUGACUAGAUUGACCAUUAUUAUUGAUCAGAGUUCGGUUGUAUCCACCGCCGGAUAGUGAUUUUUCAACCGUUUUGAAAAAUAAUGCUUUUAAAAGCUAUAAUUAAAAUUACGAAAAUGGGCAUCACAACCGAUAAAAAGAAACUGCAACUUCUAAAUACUCAUGUUUAAUAGUGCGGCUAUCCGGGCUGCAAUCUUGCGUACAGCCGCCCUCAGAAGUUGUGAACGGCCACUUCUUAUUAAAAUCGGAAUACGUACCGAAAACAAAUAUGAAUCAGGCAUUCAUAGUGCUUGCUUUGAUUCUUUUAUCAUGGAUCGUUUCUAAAUUGUAUACCUAGCUUACGGCACGAGAUGCGAAUUGUCUUAGUAACAACUAACAAUACCCUCCAAGUCUGGAACGACUAACGUUUCCUAAAGUGCACUUGCGUGGUACUUGUACACGCAUGCGGUUCGCUGAUUUGCCGCUGAAAGUAGAGUGACCAAAACAAAGCUGUUGUAUCAAAAUCAGCUAAAAGUAUCAAAAUCAGUUCAUAAACUUUAGUUUUAGUGUUUUGCUCUGGAUCAUGCAGAAAAGACUUGAAAUUUCCUAAUUUUUUACAAUACAUUACAUUUAACAAAUAUAAAACAUUUUCUCGUGUUGACAUUUGUUGACUCAGCGUUCAGAAUUACAAAUGCUAUAUUAUAAUUAUAUUUAUGACAUGAAAUAAACUAAAUAUAUGUAGUUUUGACAAUAUUAUUAUAUAAACAAUAUAAUAGUUUAUAUAGUAUAUGCAAAAUUCGGGAUCCCCAAAGCAGUACAGAUUUGUCUACCUCCUCCGCAGGUCAUACAGCCCGUAAUCAGCAUGCCUGUUCGCAAAUUUGACAUUUGAGACGAAGGCUUUAUAUUUAUGAAAGGCCUGCGGAGGAGGUAGCAGAUUUGUGGUCUUUCAGCAUUAAUGAUUCUUGGUUGCCACCACCUGUGGCUGUUUACAAAAAAAAUCAACAUUUGAUUUGGGAUUUGAGAAAAUUUUUGCAGUUGUAUGGGCAUCGGAUGAUUCAAUUUGCAUUUCGUGAAAACGCGUAUAUUAUGCACUUCGCUUACAAAAAAACUGAAAAAAUCUACACUAUACUUGAUUAUUACAGCUGAUAAUGAACGCAUGCAGCAACCCCGGCAUAUUAUUUGAUAACUGAGACAAACAAGAGUAUAUAUGAUAUUUGCUGUGUUGGUGUAGUGUACUCAGGGGAAUAAGAUGCUUGUGAUGUCGGCUCUGAGUGUAUAUCCGGCACCGUGGCAGGCUUGAAAAAUAUGCCUGGCCACGGUGGGAAUCGAACCUACGACCUUUGGAAUACUAGAGUACUGAUACGGCCAUUUGGAAGUAACUCGUUUGGAAGAAUAAACAUAUAGAAUAAAUUAUUUUUUCAACAGCAAUCAAGCUUAGACCUUAUUUUGUUGGCAACAUUCUUGCAGUUGCGUGAGCAUCGGAUGAUUCAAUUUGCAUUUCGUGGGGACGCGUAUAUUUCCAUCAACUUACGCUCCUUAAAUUUACCUACGUCUUAAGUACGUACACUAUGUUACUCAUCUUGAUAUUCAAUUUUCUUUCUUGUACAUUUAUGCAUUUCAUGCAUUUCAUGCACGGGUACCGCGCGCAUGCAGAUAAUUAUAAACGCGCAUGAAACCUGACUAGAUUGACCUGCCCAUUAUUAUUGUGAUUUUUCUACCGUUUUUAGUGCAAACAAAGUUGCUUUGGUAAUGGUAAUGGUUUAUUGACACAUUUAGUAGCAGUUACGCUAAUUUACAAAGUGUUUGAGAAAAAUUCAAUCCAGUGACCCAUCAAUGGAUUGAUGGAUCGAUGGAUCGAUGGAGUAAACAAUCCGGGGGGAGCUUGCAAAUGAUUUUUGAUUACGUUUUCUAGAGCUUUGCGACGUUCGGCCAACUAAUCGUUUGUAGCUGUUUAUAGAUUAUAAAAAAUCUAUAUUUAUAUUCAUGAUGGUACCAGAGUGAUGGUACAUGUUCUCAUUUAUUUUAUUCAACAUUUAGAGAAUUUAUAACCAAAUUACUGUUACAUUUCAAGCACUUGUUAUUAUAUGAUAUGCCCCCCUGCAACGUAAAACAAAUGAAUACACGUGCUCUGAUAUAACUAAUAAUUUUACAAUGGCGGGCAUAUGGACGCUCUCUCCUCCGCAGAGGCUUACAUGAAGUUUCUAGUGAGGGAAAAGUGAGCGCGCAAGGAGUGAUGGGAAGAGCUAAAUAAAGGAAGCCUCUGCGAGUUAAUUAAUGCAAUCAAUAUGGCGUCGUAUAUAAUCGUUUGUAGCGAAGUUCGAUCAACCAUCGGGGGUGUUAAAACAUGUUUUCGACUUUCAUUUUCAGGCGAACUUGAGUAUCCUGGGGUGAAUUCAAUAUCAAUAUCUUCUUCUGUCCAUUUGCAUCGAAAAAUAUUGAGAAAUUGCAAACGAAUAUCAAUGGAUACGAGCUAUCUAAUUAUAAAUAUCCUCUUAAUUGCAACAUUUCUUUAUAAAAAUGACUCUAUUGAACUUCGAUACUCAGAUUAUGAAGAUUCAUUUCAAUUUCUUUCACAUUUCCGUCGAUUUCAAGUUUAAAAAAAGGUCAAACAACUAGUUUGGUUCAAAACCAUACUUCGUCGCAUUAUCUGGCAGAGCCUCCCCAACUUCAUUUCAAUCUUCCCAUCACACCGCGCGCGCUCACUUUUAUUCAGGAAACUUCAUGUAAGUUAUUUGUAAAUACUUAAGGAGGCUCUGCGGAGGAGAGAGCAUAUGGACGAGCGGUGACUAUUGAGCAGCGGUGUAAAAUCGUGUAGACUAGAGUGUAUUACAACUGAGGUUGACAGUAUUAUGAUAAAAUCUUCUACCCAAUAUAUAAAUUGAUGUUAUGCAUUACGGGCAUUCAAUUAAGUGUUGAUAUUAUUUUGACGGUAUAUUUAUUAUACAGAGCUAUAGUACUAUACUAGGAAGGAGCGAGACAGUGUUGUUUUCAAAUGUAUAAACAUUUCAGACGCGAAUAUUGAGAAAAUCUUUGAGAUUCUACGCAAUAUAUAAAUUGAUGUUAUGCAUUACUGGCAUUCAAUUAAAUCAAGUGCCGAUAUUAUUUAGGCGCUACAUCACAGAAUAAAUGGCUACACUCAGACACUCAGUACACUGAAGCCAGAGAAGCCAGUUGUAAUAUAUUCUUUGCUGAACUGCUAGAACCACAUACAGCACGUUAUAGGGUUCAGACGACAUGGUGGAUAAGACGAAGUGCGGAGUAUAGAGUGCGGAGUGCGGAGUCUGUCAAAACAGUUUAUUUUCCUAUAUAAAGAUUCGAUUUUAAUGAGGCAUAAAGUGGAAAAUGCGGUGUCUGUCAAAAAAAGCGUUUUCCACUUUAUGCCCCCACACACUUGCACUAGUGUCUUUCUCAAUUUGAAACUUAAUUUGCACUAUCCUUGGAUCCCUAGUUAAAAAUGCGUUUUUGAAAAAGUGUAAAAUUGAUAAAAAGAAACUGCAAUUUAUAAUUACUGAUGUGUAAUAUGGGUUAUACCAAACAAUGAGUUAUUUUACAAAGCUUGAAAAAGUCGCUAUCCACUGAAUAGUGCGGCUGUCUGGGCUUCAACCUUCGGGAUACACUAACGCCUUUAUAGGAGUCGGUUGUGAAACGCCACUUCUUAUUACAUCAGAAUACCGAGAGUAAACAUGAAUCUGGCGUUCAUAGUGCUUGUUUUGAUUCUUUUAUCAUGGAUCGUUUCCAAAUUGUAUAUUUAGCUCAGGUCAUGCACGAGAUGUGAAUUGUCUUAAUAUAACAAAUUACAAUACACUCCAAAAUUUAAUUCUGAAACAACUAACGAUUCCUAAAAUUAAUGCACUUGCAUGGCACUUGUACACGCAUGCGGCGGUUCGCUGAUUAGCCACUUGUUUUAAACAGUCUAAUAUCACUGCAAUUAGACCAAAACAGACUUGUACUUGAUUAAUUUACAGCAAAAAGUAUCAAAACCAGUUCAUAAACUAUAGUUUGCAGUGUUUUUCUCUGGGUCAUGCAAAUUUCUUAUUUUUACAAUACAUUACAUUACAUUACCGAUUACAUCUAAGCGACUGCCAGCGACCACUUCAGUGUUAUAUGCAAGGCCGCCGAGAGAUUGCAUGCCGUAAUUAUAAAACGAGAGACUAUAGCGGUGUUUUACAACACUAGUUUUAUACUUUAUUGCAUAUUAUCCGGCACUAACGCAGCUAGGAUUUAUAUUUUCAGUCGCAAUCUUGCAUAAAGAAAUUUUAAGGGCCUUCGUUGCUUUGGGGGGGGGGGGCCUUUUUGAGCUGGGGUCUGAUCCCGGGAAAAGUGCCCCCGCCCCGUGAAUAGAAAAGAAAGAAUAUAAGUUUGGAAGAAUAUACAUAAAAUAAAUAACCUUUUCGACGUAAAAUUUAGACCUAUACGUUCGAAUCCUAUAUUGUCGGGAAUAUUUUGCGCUUGCGUGGACAUUGGGGAUUAAAUUUUCAUCUUCGUGCACGACUGACGCGCAUGCAUGCAUUUCAAGUCACGCUCCUUGAAUUCGCCUAUGUCUUAAGUACGUACCCAUUAUAUGUUACGCAUCUUGAUAUUCAAUGUGCAUAAUUACGCGUAAUAACGCGCGCAUACACAUUUCAUGCGUAACGCGCGCAGUUAUAAACACGCAUGAAACUUGACUAGGUUGAUCAGUAUUGAUCAGAAGUUGUGAAAUGAUAGUUCUUAGAUCAAAACAACCAAGAGCAAAUAUGAAUCUUGCAUUCAAAGUGCUUGCUUUGUUUCUGUUAUCAUGGACUGUUUUUGGCCAAGGUAUGCUAGUUCAAAAUAUAAUAAUUAUGUUUUAACCUGUCUCCUUAAUUUGUUAUAUUCCUUGACGCAUAUACCUGCAUACAAUAAGGUUUCUGUAGCGUCGUAUACAUAUAUUAAGUUUAACAAGAACAAUACAAGUCUUGUAUUGUUAAGAUAUUAUACAAGCCACUCACAUGUACACUCUAUACCUCCAUCCACCCUCACCCUGAACUUCGUUCCCAGGAUCUUACCCUGGGACGAGGUUUCCUCACCCCCCCCCCCUCCCCACCCAUGCACCGCAAGUGAUAUCUACAUCUUUCACGGAUAAGGGAGGAACAAGGCAAAUGUACCAAGUACGUUCUCCAAUUCGUAGAACACAUAUACAGAAAUAGCAUUUUCAGACCAUGAUAUUAAUCAAAAUUAUGCCAAAUGUUAUAUCAUUCUAGUUGUGCUAUAUAAUUCUGUAGUGAUCAGUAAUUCUUGGUGUGCAAGUGACGUCGCAAUGUUGAUUAAAUUUACUACGCGAUUUUCCAUAUUUCCAAUCAGUCCUAAUUCAGCCAACAUUGCGCAUUUAAAGUCUGUUUGCUUUCGAAUCCCUGGAAAUUAGUUCUAUACCAUCCACUUUAACUAAAUUUGAAAAACCUAUAUUUUAAUUGUUCAUUUUGCUUCCACUUCCUAUGAUAUAUAGCCUGCUCGCAGACGUUGUAUUUCUUACGCCAAACGACGAAAAACUAACGUCUGCUAACCCGAGCGCCAGAAUGAAUUCUGCUACGUCAACCAAUCAGAAUUUACCUUCCAAAUUCUGGAAAGUGACGUCAGUUGAUUUAGAAGCGGAAUAAAUAUAAAUAAAUAUUUUGAAAGCAGUCGUCAGGUGAAUUUUGGUCAAAAUUACACAUAAAGAUAUUGAUACUUGUCCAGGUAAUAAAAUGCACCAUUAAUGAUCGGAUUCGGAUAUUGAAGAUGUCCGGUUAUAUUUAAAACGCGGACAGGAUGGUAUUAUACUGUAUGAAUCUAGGCAGUGCCAGACAGCAUCAAAUCCCGAAUAUAUUUCGCUGAAAUUUGUACUUUUGACGGAUGUUUAUCUUUAAGACAACAGAACUCAGAAGACAGAAAAUAUUAUAUAAUACUGUGGCUUAGAAAGCGAAAUAUUAGCUUCAGAGUAAACUAAUUUGCUGUUUGAGCAACAACUUCUGAAUGUAAACUUCAGUGUAAUUGCGCCGAGAUGAAUUUUCUUGGCUAUAUUUUUCUACAUGACAACGAGAGCUUAAUCUUUUAGAAGUUUUCGUCGAAGUCAUGGCAUAUAUAGGAAGUAUCAAGAGCAACAUUUGGACAUAUCGUGAUAUACCCGAGUUUCCCGAUCGAUUGAUUGUUUGUCAUUGUCAACAACGCUAUAGUUUGCAAAAUAUAUCCACGCGUGCAAGUAAACAAAUUUCAACCCAAACAAUAUAUUCCCAUGUGCAAGGGCUUUCCCCAGUAGCUAAUCUCUCAAUAAAGCGGCUUCCAACAGGGCCCGCGGAGCGUAUUAGAGAGUGGGGGGGCUAAAUCAUCAAUAAAACCCCCAAUUAAUUAAUUUAGAAAGUUUCAUUUAGAUUUCUAUUUUAAUAAUUUUGGCUGUCAAAAAAAGUGGGGGGGCUAAAGACCCCCCCAGCCCCCCCCGUCUCUGCGGUCCCUGUCCAAUUGGCUCUAACUCUUUUGAACACUGCCAGAUGAUUGGCUCCUGAAUCAAAGGGAAUGGAAUGUGCAGCUCUGGUCAGCAGACGUUAGUUUUUCGUCGUUUGGCAUAAGAAAUACGUCUGCAAGCAGGCUAUAUCACAUAUGACGUUUUAAAAUAAGUAGUUUAUCAGAAAUGUUUAAUGUUUUUUCAUCAAAAUUCAUUUCUUUCCUGUUAUUGCUUUAUAUCAAAGAACCGAAGUGUCAACAAUUUUGUCCUGCGAUAUACGCUCCAGUAUGUGGAUCAGAUGGAAAGACGUAUGAUAACAUGUGUUUGUUGGAAGUCGCUGAUUGUGAGAGUGACGGAAAUAUCACGAAAAUUCACGAUGGGCCUUGUAGUGAGUAAAAUGCUUUUUAAAUAUAAUUUUAAACAAUUUAGAUAAAUUUCUUUCUUAAAAAAACAUCAAUAGUUAUAGCUCUAUAUAUCCAAUCUGGCAGUCUUUGCCCAUCAAAUGUUUUGUUUUUCCUUUUAACGAACUUUUAUCCAACAUGCUUUGACUCUUGAAUCCCUGGAGAUUGUUGCACACCAUCGCUAUAUAAAAAUGUGUUCCAAUUUUUGGAUUUUUUAGUUCGUAUGAGGCAUUUUUAAAUAUUUUCAAAUCUAACACCACUUUAUUCUUCUGUAACCUGCAUGUAUAAUAAGAAACCAAACUGUCCACAGUGGCACAAUAUGUUCUAGUAGUAAUGCGCAGCAAAGGUAGCUGUAAAACUCAAUAAUUCAGUUUUUGUUUAAUAAUUUUCUAAACUUUGAUACAGAUCGUCGUGCCUCUUAAAUGAUUGUUUUACCACUUUUCGUUCACGUUCUCCUGAAUAUUAUCUUCAUGCACUUUUAUUGAUCUUGAUAUAUUAAUUAAGAUUUUUACAAGACUAUCGUGUACGUGUCGUGUGAUUGAUGUUUAUAUUCUCAAUUUUACAAGUUGAUUCACAAAUCAAAUAAUCAAGCCUUCUGUGACUUAAAUGAGCAGUUACUCAAAUUAUAAAGAAUAUGAUUGAGUAUUAUGUUGAUCUUUAUGUUUCUCACUUGACAGUAUACUGCAUGAGCUUGAAACAGGAAUUAUUUUAAUGCGCAGUGAUAACCAAUUUGUGCAACGUUCAGUGGGACUUGUGCAAUGAUAAAUGAGAUUGUGUCUGGUAUUGAUUUGCUUUAAUAUUUAACUAGACGUCAUAUUAAUUCGUAAAAGGAGUGCAUAAUUAAUCGCAAAUUAUGUUUAAAUUAUUCAAUAAUGUUUUCAAAUUUUAUAUCGAAUUUUAUAUGGCCUAAUAUUCAAUCUUUCAAGCUGAAAUGUACCAAAAAUUGUGUCUGAAAAUGUAAGAAGUCAACCUCUGGAGGCUAAAAAGUACUGAAAGGCUAAAAAGUUCCCCAGGAACCCCGAAUAGUUCAAUUUGUCUUUCGCAAUUCCCCAUCACCUUGUUUGGCCCUUUUCUUAGGUUCCUAUUUAUAAAUUCGUCAAUUUUCCUGUUUUGGAUUUUCCAGUAUACAGCGAUAACUUAUAAUCUAGAGAGCUAGUAACUUAGCUGUACACAGCGCUCCUUCGGUGUGUGAUAUGCUCGGCUAUUUUAUGGGGUUCUCGUUGUGCAGUGAUAAAAUUUCUUUUAAAUAAUCCGCCCGCGGGCUUAAAAUUAUGCAAAACCAAAUAUGCAUAGGGACGUCUUACAGCACUGACCAAACGGUGAAGCCAUACAUAUUAGAUCAAGUUUUCUUAUUGUUUUAGUCACGAAUAAAGUGUGUCCGGCCUUCUGUUCGCUUAUUUAUGAUCCAGUGUGUGGAUCAAACGGCAAGACUUAUCCCAAUCCAUGCAGCUUACGGUUUGCUGAUUGUGAAUUUGAAAACGACAAAGAAAUAACAUUAAAACAUAAUGGAUCAUGCAAGAGUAGAGGUAAACAUUUAAGAUGGCGGCGCGCAUGCGCAUAAUAACUGAACAUGAAUUUUAAGUCCUUUAUGAUAUGUAAUGUUCUAAAAUAUCCUAAAUAAUUAAUGAGAAAUAUUAAAUGUUUUGUCAAUCAAAACUUUCUUUUCUGUUCUUUAUAAUUAUAUCAAAGAAGCAGGGUGUCAACAAUUUUGUCCUGCAAUAUACGCUCCAGUAUGUGGAUCAGAUGGAAAGACGUAUGAUAACAUGUGUUUGUUGGAAGUGGCUGACUGUGAGAGUGAAGAGAAUAUCACGAAAGUUCACGAUGGUCCUUGUAGUGAGUAAAAUGUUUUUUAAAUAUAAUUUUAAACAAGUUUAGAUAAAUUUCUUUCUUAAAAAUCAUCAAUAGUUAUAGCUCUAUAUAUCCAGUCCGGCAGUCGUUACCCAUCAAAGGUUUUGUUUUUCCUUUCAACGAACUUUUAUCCAACAUGCUUUGUCUUUUGAAUCCCUGGAGAUUAGCAACCUCGUACCCAGGGCAUUUUACGUCCACGGCGUCGACGCCGUGGAGGUAAAAUGCCCUGGGUACGAGGUUGGAAGAUUAGUUGAAAACCAUCGCUAUAAAAAUGUGUUCUAAUUUUUGGAUUUUUUAGUUCGUGUAUAUCAGGCAUUUUUAAAUAUUUUCAAAUCUGACAACACUUUAUUCUUCUGCAACCUGAAUGUAUAAUAAGAAACCAAACUGUCCACAGUGGCACAAUAUGUUCUAGUAUGUGAACCAGAUAGUAACACAUAUCCCAAUUAUAAAUGUUUGUUGAAUAAGACCGCUUAUGAGUUUUUCAAUAUAUCUUGCUUGGAAUAAUUAUAUAAUUUUUCAUAAAUUAGGCACACAAGUGAAGCAAAAUAAAAAUGCAGCACGAAUUUCUAUUAUAAUUUACAUAAUUAUUUUGCUUAUUUGCGUGUUUACAUGCAAAUUAAUAUUAGACAUAUUAUAUUUUGAUUAGUUCCAAAGUUUUUUAAUAAAAUAAAUUUAUUUCUGUACGACUGCCAAUUGUUAUAUCAUUUUAGUUGUACUCAUAUAUUCUGAUCAGUAGUUCUUGAUGUGCAAGUGACGUCGCCAUGUUGAAUAAAUUUAGUACACGAUUUUCCAGUGGGAAGCUAGCCAUAGCAGCGGGUCAUGUUAUGCACAUUUUUGAUGGUUUGAACUUUUCAAAUCUUUAGAAAUGUAUUGUCUUUAACCUGCGGCCGGUAUAGAUGCAGGUUUAUUAGCAUAGCAUGACCAGUUGCCAUGCAUAGCUUCGUCAGUGCGAGUUUCCAUAUUUGCAAUUCUAAUUAAGCCAAAAUUGCGCAUUUAAAUUCUGUUUGCCUUCGAAUCCCCUGAAAUUAGUUCUAUACCAUCCACUUCAACUAAAUUUGAAAAACUUAUAUUCUAAUGUUUCAAUUGGCUUCCCAUUCCUAUGAUAUGAUGUUUUAAAAUAAUUAAUUUAUCAGAAAUGUUUAAUAUUUCUUCAUCAAAACUAAUUUCUUUCCUGUUAUUGCUUUAUAUCAAAGAACCAAAGUGUCAACAAUUUUGUCCUGCGAUAUACGCUCCAGUAUGUGGAUCAGAUGGAAAGACCUAUGAUAACAUGUGUUUGUUGGAAGUGGCUGACUGUCAUAGUGAGGAAAACAUCACAAAAGUUCACGAUGGUCCUUGCAGUGAGUAAUUUAUUUAUUUAUUUUAUUUCUAUAUACUAUUCUGUAAAUCAUUCGUCUGUUACUGUUUUCAGUUAUACAGGAUGUAUAAAAAACUGUUCAGUUCGAAAAUGUCCGCUGCGCUAAACUGCAAAUUCUGCAAAUUUUGGAAAAUUUAUGCAUGCAUGGAUAGUUUGGGGUCUGCUAAUAUCUUUACCAUUAAGUACUGUUUAAUAAACGAGCAGGAGUGUUUUAUUAGGUUUAAAGCCACGAGCGCGCAGCGCGAGUGGCUUUAGACCUAAUAAAACACGACCUGCGAGUUUAUUAAACGGCUUCAAACACGACUACAAAUUCAAUAAAUAUACUGCUUUAUUAGUAUUCUUUAUAUAAAGAAUACUAAUGAGGACACGACUACAAUAGAUACUGCCUUUUUAGUAUUCUUUAUAUAAAGAAUACUAAUUAGAAGUGUUUAUCAGGUUUAAAGCCACUGCACGUGACAUAUUAUGGUUGACAUGAGUUGCCAAUAAGCUUAUGAAUUAUGAAUUAUUAAUGAGUUUUUGAAAUGGUUUUCAAACACUCAUUAAUAAUUCAUAAGCUUAUUGGCAAAUCAUGUCAACCACACUAUGUAACGUGCAGUGGCUUUAAACCUGAUAAAACACUCCUAAUUAGUAUUCUUUAUAUAAAGAAUACUAAUAAGGCAGUAUCUAUUGUAGUCGUGUCCUCAUUAGUAUUCUUUGUAUAAAGAUACUAAUAAAACAAUAUAUCUAUUGAAUUUGUAUAGUCGUGUUUGAAGCCGUUUGAGUGUUUGAAAUGGUUUUCAAACACUCAUUAAUAAUUCAUAAGCUUAUUGGCAAAUCAUGUCAACCAUAAUAUGUCACGUGCAGUGCCUUGUCAACCAUAAUAUGUCACGUGCAGGUCCAAACAAGAAUGUACCUCUACUGUUAUUGUACACCACAAACAAUUGCAAUUCCGACUAACAUCAGGCCUGCGUAUGUCUCCGCUUACCUUUUUAUGAACACAAUUUACAUGCAUGUACAGCAGCAUCUUCUAAUGCGCAGCAAAUUAGAUAGCUGUAAAACUCAUGCAUUAAUAAUUCAGUUUUUGUUAAAUAAUUUUCUAAACCUUGAUACAGAUCGUCCUGCCUCUUAAAUUAUUGUUUUCCCACUUUUCGUUCAUGUUCUGCUGAAUAUUAUCUUCAUGCAUGCACGUUUAUUGAUCUUAAGAUUUACAAGCCUAUCGUGCAUGUGUCGUGUGAUUGAUGUUUAUAUUCUCAAUUUUACAAUUCAAGUUGAUUCACAAAUCACAUAAUGAAGCCUUCUCUGACUUAAAUGAGCAGUUACUCAAAUUAUACAGUAUGAUUUAGUAUUAUGUUGAAUUUUAUGUUCAUCAUGCAGUGAACGCAACUAUUCCACCUCACUUGACAGUAUACUGCAUGAGCUUGAAACAGGGAUAAUUUUAAUGUGCAGUGAUAACCAAUUUGUGCAACGAUCAAUGGGACUUGUGCAAUGAUAAAUGAGAUUGUGUCCGGUAUUGAUUUGCUUUAUUAUUUAACUAUACGUGAUAUUAAUUCGUAAAAGGAGUGCAUAAUGACAAGUUAUGUUUAAAUUAUUCAAUAAUGUUUUCAAAUUUUACAUCGAAUUUUAUAUGUUUUAAUAUUCAAUAUUUCAAGCUGAAAUGUAUUAAAAAUUGUUUCUGAAAAUGUAAGAAGUCAACCUCUGGAGGCUAAAAAGUACUGAAAGGCUAAAAAGUUCCCCAGGACCCCUGAAUAGUUCAAUUUGUCUUUCGCAAUUCCCCAUCACCUUAAUUUGUUUGGUCUCUUUUCUUAGGUUCCUAUUUACAAAUUAGCCAAUUUUCCUGUUUUGGAUUUUCCAGUACAGCGAUAACUUAUAAUCUAGAGAGCUGGACACAGCGCUCCUUCGGUGUGUGACAUGUCUAGUUUAUGGGGUUCUUGUCACAUGUGCAGUGAUAAAAUUUCUUUAAAAUAAUCCUGCGGGCUUGAAAUUAUGCAAAACCUAAUAAUUAUGCAUACAGUUACAGGGAUGUCUUACAGCACUGACCAAACAGUGAAGCCAUACAUAUUAUAUCGAGUUUUCUUAUUGUUUUAGUCACGAAUAAAGUGUGUCCGGCCUUCUGUUCGCAUAUUUAUGAUCCAGUGUGUGGAUCAAACGGCAAGACUUACCCCAAUCUAUGUAGCUUGCGGUUUGCUGAUUGUGAAUUUGAAAACGACAAAGAAAUAACAUUAAAACAUAACGGAUCAUGCAAGAGUGAAGGUAAACAUUUAAGAUGGCAGCGCGCAUGCGCAUAAUAACUGAUAACUAAACAUGAAUUUUUAAAAAAAUUUCGGUCCUUUAUGAUAUGUAAUGUUUUAAAAUAUCCUAGAUAAUUAAUGAGAAAUAUUAAAUGUUUUGUCAAUCAAAACUUCCUUUUCUGUCCUUUAUAAUUAUAUCAAAGAACCAGGGUGUCAACAAUUUUGUUCUGCGAUAUACGCUCCCGUGUGUGGAUCAGAUGGAAAGACGUAUGAUAACAUGUGUUUGUUGAAAGUGGCUGACUGUGAGAGUGAAGAGAAUAUCACGAAAGUUCACGAUGGUCCUUGCAGUGAGUAAUUUAUUAUUCUGUAAAUCGUCUCCCUUUUUGCUAUAUACAUAACAGAAGAAGAGUGUUCGGAGGUUUGCCCUCUGGUAUACGCUCCAUGCAGUAUAUUCUGAUCUUAAUUUUCAUUACAUUCCAGUGUGAAACAAAAUCCCAAUGAAUGUUGCGCUGGACAAGAUCUGCUUAUGAGUUCUUUAAUGUAUCUUAAAACCAUUAUACCUUUUUUCAUCAAUUAAACAAACAAAUGAAACAAAACAACCGCAGCAGCAAUUUCUAUUAGGCCUAUAAUUCCAGGUGAUCUGACGGCGAGCAACUGGGACUAGCAACAAAAUAGAAAUCCAGUUUCGUACCUUCAAUCACUUGUCACGGCCUGAUUCUUUUGUGAAACUGUUUGAAACUUUGUGUCUGUGUCUUGCACAGGGAAAUGAAUAUCUGAGAGAAAUUUGAGAUAGAAAUCUAAUAUCGUUAAUGAGAUAUUGAGUAAUUUUAAACCAGAAGUUGAUUUACAUUUUACAACUAGUGCCAAGCCUUUUCCGAGAUCACCUAGGUGGUUGCAUUCUACGUGACAUUUUGCUUAAUCGCAUCUCGAAUCGCAUGCUCACGAAAUAUAAUUUUUAAAUUGUUCCAAAUAAUUUUUUUUUUAAUAAUUUAUUUUUCUAUGACUGCCAAUAGUUAUAUAAAUUUAGUUGUACUAAAUUCUGAUCAGUAAUUUCUGAUAUGCAGCCUAUGCAGGUGACAUUAAUUGCCAUGUUGAAUAAUUUAGUACACAAUUCUCAUUAUUUCCAAGCCAACCAACAUUGCAAAUAUAAAGUCUAUAUUCGCCUUUGUUCUCUGGAAAGCCAACUUUAUCUUUUGCAUUUUAUUGUCUAAUUUCACACUCAAUCGUCCAUAUCUUUUUGCCUUCUGUCAAUUUUUCUGAAUAUUUUUUUGAAAAUUUAUGGUUGAUAGAGGAAUAACACAUUAAAAUUUGAAGAGAAGUUUACAAGACAGGUUUCGAGAUAUUCAUGAAAAACGACUACAGAAAAUUCGUCUUGUAGAAGUUUUUGAAAUUCUGAUGUUUUACUAAUUGUCAUGCUUAGCAAAUGUGCGAAAUUUAAAAAAAAAUUCACAGAAAAAAAAACGCGAGAAAAAUAGCCCUAAAGUCCAGCUGAAGCUGCGCUGACGUGCUGAAACUGUCGCGUUCACUAUGAUCACCAUUUGGGCGUGCGUGUCAAUUCUAAUGCGUGAACAACACAAAAGUGGUAAAACGUCUGCGCAUGGGUGGUCAACCUUACUGAAAUUUGCCUUGCGAAUGUUGUGUCAAGAACACUGCGGGAAAACGUCUGCGUAUGCGCAUGUAUACUAAAACAAAUGGCGAGGAAUUUAAAUGCAAAAUUGUAAACAAAAACAUGGCUAUUUAAUAUAUUAUUUCAGUAAGUGAAACAAACAAAAAAUACACUAGACGGGUAGUUUAGACAUUAAUAAAAAGUUUUCUAAGAUUUGAAAUCUAAAAGAAACAGAAUUUAAAUUAAAAAUUAUCGUUUUAGACCGGAGAGAGACAGAAGAGUUAAGAAAACUAUUAAGAGUUAAGAGACAGAAGAGUUACGAAAACUAUAAAAUAGUUAAGCAUUUGCACACAAUUAAAUUGUUGAGUAAAUCAUUACCAUUAAAUAUAGUCAACGCAAAAAUUAUACAUGCUAUGCAAAAAAAGUUAUUGAGAAAAAUGUGGGUCAUAUGAACCUACGAAAAAUAUAUUUGUAUGGUUAGGUUAAGGAACGUUUUAUACAAUAAAUAUAUCGACAGUCACCUAUAGUUUGGGGUCUGCUAAUAUCUUUACCACUAAAAUUAUUUUGAAACGUAAUUUUGCCGGUGCAGGAAGGCUGUUUCUAAAGCCACUUUAAAAAUAGCUUGCGCACAAAAAUGGAAGACUUCAGAACGCAAUUUUAAUUCACAGGUUUCAAAUUCGGAAGGUUGUUUUAUGAACUAUUAAAGUUACCAGAUAAUUUGAUAUACUUAAUGUCCUACGUGCAACCUCCAAAAUUUGGCCUUUUUUGCCCUGAUAAUAGCUUUUCCCGCAUAAUUUAUCACGCGUAUGACUGAUUUUAUGCAUGGUUGUUUUACGCAUGAUUGAUUUCUUGUGUACUCUUUACAAAAAAGUUUAAAAAUUAUGCAUAAAAGCUACUAUGGCAAUAAGUCCACGAUUUAAAGAUCGCGCGUUGGACUUACUGUAAAUCAAAUUGUCUACUUUGAUAAUUCAUAAAAAACACCUUCUACACUAGCACCCUAUGAAUUCAAAUUGCAUUUUCAGUCCUUUUUUGCGAAAGCCAUUUUAAAGUGGUUUUUAAAACAACUCUGCUGCACUCGAAAAUUUAUUUUUUUAAAUAAUUUUAGUGGUGAGGAUACCCGCAGAUCCCAAAUACCCAUGUAUGCUUGCACAAAGCAAUUUUCCAGUUUACCAGCCUUUUUCGAACUGUGCAGUUUUUUUAUACACCCUGUAUAGUCUUUUUAGAUUCAGCAAAUAAAACGCAGCAUGUGAAUUGAGUUGAAUGACAGGACUUACGUCACUUUUUUUCGGUGACAGUCUAGGAGUGCCUUGAAGACAGUAUAAAAUAUCAUUUCAGUCCGCGACACUGUUAUUGAAAAUUGUGAGCAUUAUAACAUACCAUACCAUACCGUACGUAUUAAAUACGCACUGAAAGAUAGAUUAAAAACUAGUUAACAGCAUACGUACAGUUCCAGUUUUGAAACUAAGUUUAGGAUUUAAAGGAAGGAACUAAGUUUAGGAUUUACGUUUAAGCGCAACUAAUCCACCUCACUUGCCAGUGCAGGAGCUUGUAAUUACGCAAAACCUACCUAUACAGAUGCACGAAUCUUUUACAACACCGAUUAAACGGUGACGCUAUACAUAUUAGAUCAUAUUUUCUUUUUGUUUUAGUCACGAGUAAAGUGUGUCCAGCCUUCUGUCCAAAUGAUUAUGAUCCAAUGUGUGGAUCAAACGGCAAGACUUACUCCAAUCUAUGCAGCUUGCGGUUUGCUGAUUGUGAAUUUGAAAACGACAAAGAAAUAACAUUAAAACAUAACGGAUCAUGCAAGAGUAAAGGUAAAUAUUUAAGAUGGCAGCGCGCAUGUGCAUAACAACUGAUAACUAAACUUGAAUUUUUUAAAAAAAAUUAAAUCCUUUAUGAUAUGUAAUGUUUUAAUAUAUCCGAAAUAAUUAAUGAGAAAUAUUAAAUAUUUUGUCAAUCAAAACGUUCUUUUCUGUCAUUGAUAAUUAUAUCAAAGAAUCGGAUUGUCAACAAUUUUGUCCUACGAUAUACGCUCCAGUGUGCGGAUCAGAUGGAAAGACGUAUGAUAACAUGUGUUUGUUGGAAGUCGCUGACUGUGAGAGUGAAGAAAAUGUCACGAAAGUUCACGAUGGUCCUUGCAGUGAGUAAUUUUAGAUUUUAUGGAAUUUUUAUUUCAGUCUUUUUAUUAUUCUAUAAAUCAUUUCUCUUUUCAUACAGAAGUAGAGUGCAUGUUCGGAGGUUUGCCUUCUGUCUUGUAUACACUCCAGUUUGUGGAUCUUAAUUUUGAAGCACUUUUUAAUAUUUUUAAAUGAAACACCACUUUUAUUCUCCUGAUAUAUAUCUGCAUGCAUGCUGAAGAACCAAUGUGUUCAAGCGGUUGCUCCAGGAUAUAUUACAUUCCAGUGUGUGGAACAAAAUCCCAAUGAAAAUUGCGCUGAACAAGAACUGCUCUUCAAUAUAUCUUAAAACCAUUAUACUAGCUUUACAUGAUCUUACAUCAAUUAAACAAACAAGUGAUGCAAAAGCACCAAUUAUAUUUCGUUCAUAAUUUGCAUUCUACGUACUACGUGACAGAAAUUUUGCUUAAUCGCAUGCAUGCUCACCAAAUAUUACUUUUACUGAAUUGUUCCAAUUAAAAUUAAAUUAUUCUUUCUUUUACUGCCAAUAGUUAUGCAAAUUUAGUUGUAGUACAUUUGAUAAGUAAUUCCUGAUGUGCAAGCGACAUUGCGAUUUUCAAUAAAUUUAGUUAACAAUUUUUAUUAUUUCCAAUUCAAAUCCAACCAUGCAAGUCAACCAACAUUGCAAAUAUAAAUUAAGUCUAUUCGCCUUUCGUUCGAUCCUGGAAAUUGGUUGCAUGCCAUUCAUGUUUUAGCUAAGUUUGAAAAACUGUUGUACUUUUGUUUUUCAAUUUCCUUGCCUUGUUUAAAAUAUAUGUACUAAAUAAUUAAUGAGUGAUUGUUAAUGAUUUCUCCAUCAAAAGAUAAUUUAUUUUCUCUUAUUGCUUCAUAUAAUUUAAAGAACCAAGCUGUCAGAAAGCUUGCCCUCUCAUAUACGCUCCAGUAUGUGGAUCAGAUGGAAAGACAUAUGAUAAUAUCUGUGCGUUAGAAGUGGCUGAUUGUCAGAGCGAAGAAAACAUAACGAAAGUGCACGAUGGUCCAUGCAGUGAGUAAUUUUAAUUUCUAUGAAAUUUUCGUUUCUAUAUAUUAUUCUGUAAAUUGUUUUUCUUUUUAUGUUUUUUUAUAUAUAAUAGAAGCGAAGUGUCCUAUUGCUUGCCCCAAGAUAUACGCUCCAGUAUGUGGAUCAGAUGGGAAGACAUAUAACAACACGUGUUUGUUGGAAGUGGCUGCAUGUGAGAGUGAAGAAAAUAUCACGAAAGUUCACGAUGGUCCUUGUAGUGAGUAA